AUGUUGGCAGCCUUGCUAAAAGAAACUAGAGAAACUAAAGAAUCAUUAAAGGAAGAGUUUCAAAAGUCGUUAGAAAAAAAUUCACAAGAAAGUAGAGAGAGGGAAGAAAGGUCAGAGAAGCGUUUACAAGAAUCAUUAGAGAAGAGUUCACAAGAAACUAAAGCAUCGUUAGAGAGGAAUUCACAAGAAACCAAAGAAAGACUGGAGUCAUUUAAGGAAGAUUUACAAGAGAUAAAAACGUCACAAAUGAAAAUAGAAUAUAAUCUGAAGAAGGAAAUACAGGAGCUACAAGAACAGUGGAAAAUGGAUAUCAACGAAAGAGAGAAUAAGCUGCAGAAGAGCAUAGACCAGGUCCAGGGAGACGUGGAGAAGACGGAAGAAGAGCUAACAAAAAAGACAGAAGAAAAUGUUGAAGAAAAUAGAACCGAAAUGGAAGAAAAGAUCACCGAAGUGACGCAGAUGCAGAAACAAUGCAACGACAUGGUUGAGAAGAUAGAAGAAAAUGUUGAAGAAACCGGAAUCGAUAUGGAAGAAAGGAUCACCGAAAUGACACAGAAGCAGAACCAAUGUAACGACGUGAUUGAGGGGAUAGAAGAGAAGCAAAAACAAUUGGCAGUAAAUCUGAGAAAUGCUGGAGACAUGCCCCGAGAAGAUUACCAGAGGGGUGCAAUCGAAGGUGAGGACUUCACUUGUGGAAUCAAGAGGAAGAAAGGGACUACGGAUAAUGAUCAAUUUGGAGGAGAAUUAUUGAAGAAAUGCUGGCCCAAGAGUCGUCAAUGUGCAGCACUUGAGGACCCACUACGAUGCAAACCACUUAGUAAUUGGAAAGGAGCGUCUGAAGAAAUUGCCAGACAUUGGUGGAAAGGGAACGAGACUUUGGAACAACCCCUGAAUGACAACGUAAUGAUAUCUGCAAUAAAAAGAAGAAUGAAUCAGAAAAGACAAGGAACCAUAUCCAGGAGCCCAAUUAAAGGUAGUGAGGCCUUAAUGAAGAUACUGGAGCAAUUGGAGUAUAUUAAAUCACAGAAAUACAAGCAAGCUAAGGAUCGAAACAGAAAAAGGAGUAAUGACCCAAGAAUCCACAUCAAUCAUUCGUCUGAUUUCCGAGGAAGAGGCGGAGGAACCGCAAAACCGAAUGACUCUCCAGAUGAGGUCCGGUCUAGAGUGAGGGCUAUAAUGACCCAAAAUAAACAUGCUAGGACAUGGUUAGGACAAUUAGCUGUAAAAUGGACAAUUGAAAGGAAAGGGUUUGUUUACAUGUGUGCUUUGUGUUAUAUUACAGUUAGCGUUGCAUAUUUCAUGUCAAAGACUAUCUCAGAAUGA